UACAGCUGCAGAUGCUGAGAACAGGAAGAGACUGGGGAAUGCAGUUUGACAGCCACAAUCAAAAGUUCUUGCAAAUCGUAAUUCAUGUAAUUCAGACUGAACUCUGCUCAGGAGCAGUGUGCUGAGACUGAGAAUUUAACUAGCUUGGAUUCUGAAAAUACUUUGUGUCUAUUUGCCACUUAAUUUGGCAAAUGGCCUUUUAGAACAGAGUAAUAUUUAUUUGCAAGCCAAAUGAAUGAGAGAGAGAAAAGUUCCAGGAUCAAACUUUUAUGGAACAGAUUAAGGAAAUAGUUCUGUUCAGGGACUUUCUUUUAAAGAUCUAUCAUACGCUGAUAUAUGACUUUCAGUCUCUUCUGUCUAUUUAAAACUAGCAGUCAGCAACAAAACUCAACUCAAGAAGCGUUAUGUGAGGAUUUUUGAACAAGAAAAUUAUCUUCCAGUAGAAACGAAUUGAGACAAUGGCUUCUGAAGAGUGCUUUCUUCUAGACUUGGAAGUGGAUAACUUUAUUCUUUGCAACAUUUCUAUCAAUCAAAGUGCAAAUCUUUCCAUCCUGAGUGAUGAUUGGUUCUACACAGGUUUCCUGUAUGCCAUUCCAACUAUUUAUGGGAUCAUCAUUUUGAUAGGACUUAUUGGCAAUAUCACUUUGAUUAAGAUCUUUUGUACUGUGAAGUCCAUGAGAAAUGUUCCUAAUUUGUUCAUCUCCAGUCUGGCUUUAGGAGAUCUACUUCUUUUAGUGACCUGUGUCCCUGUGGAUGCCAGCAGGUACCUAGCUGACGAAUGGCUUUUUGGCCGGGUUGGAUGUAAACUUAUCCCCUUUAUACAACUCACUUCAGUGGGGGUAUCAGUCUUCACACUUACAGCUCUCUCAGCCGACAGGUAUAAAGCCAUAGUGAGACCUAUGGAUAUCCAAGCUUCCCAUGCGCUGAUGAAGAUUUGUCUGAAAGCUGCUAUGAUCUGGGUUUUAUCCAUGCUGCUUGCCAUUCCUGAAGCUGUAUUUUCUGACUUGCACCCUUUCCAUGACAAAGGCACUAACAAAACCUUCAUCAGCUGUGCCCCUUAUCCGCAUUCUGACGGGCUACAUCCAAAAAUUCAUUCAAUGGCCUCAUUUCUGAUCUUUUACAUCAUUCCUCUAUCAAUCAUUUCAGUAUAUUACUAUUUCAUUGCUAAAAAUUUGAUCCGGAGUGCUUACAACAUACCCGUGGAAGGAAAUAUACAUGUUAGGAAACAGAUCGACUCGCGUAAGCGUCUGGCCAAGACAGUGUUGGUGUUUGUGUGCCUCUUUGCUUUCUGCUGGCUUCCUAAUCACAUUAUUUAUUUAUACCGGUCCUACCAUUAUUCAGAGGUAGACACCUCAAUGUUGCACUUCAUCACCAGCAUCUGUGCUCGAAUCCUGGCCUUUGCUAACUCUUGUGUAAACCCUUUUGCUCUCUACUUGCUCAGCAAAAGUUUUAGGAAACAGUUCAACAACCAGCUGUUGUGCUGCAGAACGCGUCUCCUCAUCAGGUCCCAAAGCAUGGGCAGAAGCACCACUCGAAUGACCUCUCUCAAGAGCACCAACCAUUCAGUAGCCACGUUCAGCCUCAUCAACGGCAACCACGUCUGUCAUGAAGGCUGUGUAUAGAGCACCUGGCAGGGGACAGCUUUGGAAACUGUCACGCAGUGUAGUUAGCAUGGCUGCCGGCUCUGCUUUGCAGGGAUAAUGAGUAGCAUACAUGCAUAGAGACAUCAGCUGCAUUCCAGCACUUCCAGGGGCCUGGGUUUUCAUUCACAGCUGAAGCGCUGUUCUACGCAGCAGCUCCCUUAGGGCCUGACACCAUCAUAGUGAACAACUCAUGUGCUGUGCCAAACGCCUUUCAUGCCUACUUAUUUUAACAAGAGUUCAGUGCACUCGUCCCCUGUAAGAUCAGUCCUUCACUGGUGUGGAGCCAAAUCUUGAGGUCCAUAGUUUUGCCUCAGUUUUGAUUCAGGCAGACUCCAAAUUCAGUCACAUAAAAACUAUGUAAGAGAUCCAAGAUUUGUCCCAUUGUUUGCAGAAAAUGCUUCAUGGGGAUUUACUCUGUCAUGUUUUUUGGCUGAUGUGAAUUCAUCUAGAUGAGAGAGACCCUUUUAAAAAAAAAUAAAAUUAGACCAUUUCCUAGAGCUGUUAAAUAUUUAUAAAUGUUUUGAGUACAGUAUUCUUAGCAUAAAAAGACUUUAACAGUGUUGUUUACUGGGGUGUGUUGCCCCAUCUGAAAUGAGCAGUAUCUUGUACAUUACCAAUGGAAAGCGGUAAUAUUUGAAUAAAUGUGAGUUAGAAGAUGUUUACAGUUUGAGAGUGCACAUUUUGCCAUACUGCAGAAGGGAAAACACAGCUCUUUGAGAGUUACUGACUACUCUGCUCUUCUCUCUGGGGUGCAAAAUAAUGAGGGUUAUGUUAUUAAAUGAGUAAUACAGAAUUUUAGUUGUGUUUGAUUCCGGAUGAACA